GGUUAUAUUGAGACGAGGAACAAGUCUGUUUGAAGAGAUGAAUUGGUUGAAAUGGCUAUGAUUGUUGCUCUCUCAAAUAAAUUGUUUAUUAAACACAAGCUAAAGCAAAUAAUUGUAUGUGUAUUAUUUUUAGUAUUUGUUACAAUACAUUUUAAUUAAGAAGGUUCAGAGUAGAAAUUUUAAAAUAAUAUUUCUUUUGAGUAAAUUGCAAUAUUCGCAUUAUUGACUUUCACUUUUUACUUCCCUACUUACUAUGUAAGCAGGAAAAAAUGAAAUGUAAUUUUACCCACGCUUUUAAGAAGGAUUAUGAACCUUAAUAUCAAUAAAUAAUGUUUGUUUUCCAUUGUUCCAGGGGUGGUGUUAGCCUAAGAUGGUGUUGGCGCUGGUGGUCGGAGUGCUGUGCGUGUGGGGCCGCCUGAGCGACGCAAACCCUGAUGCGAAGCGGCUGUAUGACGACCUGCUUUCCAACUACAAUCGCCUGAUCCGACCCGUUGGCAACAACUCUGAUCGGCUCACGGUCAAGAUGGGACUUAGGCUCAGUCAGCUCAUCGACGUUAAUCUUAAGAAUCAAAUCAUGACAACGAACGUGUGGGUAGAACAGGAAUGGAACGACUACAAAUUGAAGUGGAACCCCGAUGACUACGGUGGUGUGGAAACUCUGCAUGUGCCUUCAGAACACAUUUGGCUGCCCGACAUCGUAUUGUACAAUAACGCUGACGGUAACUACGAAGUGACGAUCAUGACGAAAGCCAUCCUCCAUCACGACGGCAAGGUUGUAUGGAAGCCACCGGCCAUUUACAAGUCCUUCUGUGAGAUCGACGUGGAAUACUUCCCGUUUGAUGAGCAGACUUGCUUCAUGAAGUUCGGAUCUUGGAGUUACGAUGGCUACAUGGUGGACUUGAGGCACUUGAAACAGGCGCCAGACUCGGAUCGCAUCGCAAUGGGAAUCGAUUUGUCCGAGUACUACAUUUCGGUAGAGUGGGAUAUAAUGCGCGUUCCCGCCACGAGGAAUGAAAAAUUCUACUCUUGCUGCGAAGAACCGUAUCCAGACAUCAUCUUCAACAUCACUCUUCGAAGAAAAACCCUCUUCUACACCGUCAAUCUCAUCAUCCCUUGCGUCGGAAUCUCGUUCCUUUCAGUACUCGUAUUCUACCUUCCCUCAGAUUCGGGAGAGAAGAUCUCGCUCUGUAUUUCGAUUCUUCUGUCGUUGACUGUAUUUUUCUUACUGUUAGCCGAAAUUAUUCCACCGACGUCGCUGACAGUCCCCUUGUUAGGCAAAUAUUUGUUAUUCACUAUGAUGCUAGUUACAUUAUCAGUAGUUGUCACUAUCGUGGUGCUAAACAUAAAUUUUAGGUCGCCAGUCACCCACCACAUGGCCCCGUGGGUGCGGAAAGUCUUUAUAGAUUUUUUACCCAAAAUAUUAUGUAUACAGAGGCCAGAAAAACCGCCCGAUGAUGAUGAUAACGAUAAACCGAGCGAGGUACUCACGGACGUUUUUGGCCCAGAUGACAUGGAUGGCAAAUUCAAGGAAUGGGGUUGUGAAGAGUAUGAACUUCCAGGAAUGCCUCCCUCCCCUCCGCCUCCUCCGGGAGGCGACGACGAACUAUUCUCUCCACCUCCUGGAUCCCCUUGUCGCUUAGAUCUGGAUGACGGUAGUCCAUCUCUAGAAAAACCUUAUGUGAGAGAGAUGGAAAAGACUAUAGAAGGUUCUAGAUUUAUUGCGCAGCAUGUCAAAAAUAAGGAUAAGUUUGAAAGUGUGGAGGACGACUGGAAGUAUGUAGCGAUGGUAUUGGAUAGAAUCUUUCUAUUUCUGUUUACGAUAGCCUGCGUGCUCGGCACGGCUCUCAUCAUAUUCAGAGCGCCCACUUUCUACGACAACACGAAGCCGAUAGACAUCUUGUACUCGAAGAUCGCAAAGAAGAAGUUAGAGCUACUCAAGAUGGGCUCCGAGGGUGACCCGGGUCUCUGAAAUUCGUCUUACGUCUUCGGCCACUCGCCGCCGAAGACGUUCUGGGAGCUGAUCGUCAUGUGGUGGCAUGGAUGAUCCAUAUAAGCCUCCCAGAUGGGAACUUUCAGGCGAGAACUAUGUGUUUUUGUGCUGUGUGUGGUGCCAAGCGCCCGGUGCGCUGAAGGACGUGUUAACGCCGUAAGCGUAUCCUAAGCCGUCUUUUUAUAUAGGAUCAUUAUAAACUCGAUGUCGAGACUGUGUCCGUCGAUGUUCGAAUUUCGCAGCGACCUCAAGCAACGGCUGUUUUGUGUUGACGCCGGAUCUGCCAUAACUAUUUUUAUAUUAGAAUCGCUGUAUUGAACGUUUAUACUUUAAGCGAACGUAUUGAUUUACAAUUAUUCAACGGAGCGGUUCUUUUUCGAGUAAUAAUUUGAUAUGAGCGCACAAACAUUGUACAGUUUAUCUUUAGGUGUUUGUAUUAAUUUCUUGCGAUAGUCAUAUUGAUUUUCAGAAUGUUACCGACAUAAUAAUAUAAUAGAUAAUGUACUGUAAGAUUUAAUUCGAAUAAAUCGAGCUCAAAUUCGUAACGUUUAAGUAUUGUAAAGUGGUAAUAUUCAAUCAAACGUCGAUUAGUCAAACAUUUAUAAUAAUAGUUACGUGCAAACGUCCUCGAUGAGAGCCGGACUAUGUAAAAUAUGUACUUAAUUAUGAUGUAAUAAAUUUGAAUUAUACAUUAUAUAAUAUUUGAUAAACUGCGUACUCGCGUAAAAAUCAUAAGGACAAUAUCGAUUUAUUGACGAAAUGUAAUAAUAUCCCUUUAGUAGUGUGUCAUAAGGGAUUGUAGAUACAGUUAGGUUAAAAGCCUAGUCAUCAGUACAGACUUAAGGACACUUAUCAUAAUGCCAGCUAGUUAAUAGUCCCAUCGCGAUCGUGAUAAAUUAUUUGACUAGAUGUAUUUGUGUAACACAAUUGACUGCCAAUUGUAAGAGUUAAAAAAACAUUUUUAUAAUGAUCGGGGUAUUCUUAGGUAGUUCGAUAACUUGUUUUAUUAGAUUUUUUAAAACGGAGUGCCAAACCCAUCUACGUAACAUCAUAGAACAGACUUUGCCAAUCAAUGAUGUUGUUUUUCUAUGCGCGCUAAUUUAAUUGACGUUAAGAUAUCUUUUCGAUUCGCUUAAGUAUAUAUUCUGAUGUAUUUAUAAGAUUAAAAACGAAUGCUUGCCCAACAAUGUAAUGACUGAUCAAUUCACAACUCUUAAAGCUUAAGUUUAGAUGCGCCCAUCCGCGGUAGUCGCGACCUAACACUUCUUCCGUAUAGGUAAUGUUAACAGUAAUUUCACUAUAAAACCUAGAGUACAGGGUAAAUUUAGUACACAAAUGUCUCCUGAUUUAUAUUUCUCACAAAUUUUCACCGAAUGUAAAGUCUUUACUCACUUAUCGGCACUUUACCACUAUCACUGUUAGGUAAUAAAUCAUUGUUGAGGUUUGUGACUUAAGUAAGUAAUUAGGUAUCAUUAUAUUAAUUUGUACCUAGAUUAGUCUCGUAUUAGAUGUUUAAUUUAAAUUUCUUGACGUCAUGACUCACUGUUCGUUUCCUUUGAGUAUUGUUUGUGGCGGACGCUCCGGCGUUGUUACCUCACUUCAACCCAUUGUGUAGGAUAUUUGUAGCAGUCUAAAGUAAUAAAAAAAAAUUUCGAGCCGCGUAUUUGAUAUGUCAAAGUAAAUCAUGAUAAUGUUUAUUAGAUAAUCUUAGAUAAAACUCAGAGUUAUUGAUAUUAAUGAUGAAAAAAAUCCACAGCGAGCAGUUAGGAAAACAGGGAUGGAUAUUGUAAAAUAAUAAAAAAAAUCAAAUUGUUUUGUGUGGUUCGUCUUCGUAAUUAUAAGUGUUAUUGAAUGUGUAUAGCUGUUCGUGUCGGAGGUUACGCAUAAAGUGGCUAGUCUAGACUUAGAUGAUACGUAAUAAAGAUAAUAGAAGAACGGUCUAACGUAAUAGACGUCAAGGAAAAGCUCGCUGAAGGUUGAACGAUGUUAAAAAUUAGCAAAAGAUUAUGAUUAAAACGCUGUAUCAUUUACGACUGGUUCUAAUUACUCUUCGAAGGAAUUAUUGGAUGGAAUUGUAACGUUUCCUCAAUACUAUUAUAUUAAUUUUUCUAAUGGACACAUUCACGUUGUUUAAAUAAAAUGUAGGAUUGUGCUAUUGCACCACCGAAAUACACCAAUUUAGAGUUAUGUAAUACAACUAUUAAUCAAUAAAGGUUAGUUAAGACCACCCGGCUUUCCAGACAUUCCGUAAUCAUCCGAUCUUUUACGGUAGAUAUUUGCUAGGUAAAACGGUCUGUUGUUAUUUUUAUAUGACUGCAAAUUAAUAAUAGUUAGAUUUUCUAUACACCAUAGGAUAAAUGUUUAGAAUUGAGUGACAGUAUGGGAUGUUAGAAGUUAAGGAAACCUGUAUAUACUUACUUCGAGCGCGAACUAUGGAGCUAAGUGUAGUUUGAUUGGAAGUGGUCUUGGCCAGAGGGCUCUUUUGCAACGACACAGAUUAACUUAAUAUCUUAACUUCUAUUGGUGUACUGCAAUAUUGUCAAUGUUAAAUUCUCGAAAAUUAAUGAGCUAUGUCGAUACAACGAUUUACCCAAGUAUGAAAUGUAAUUUUAAUUUUUCCUGUCUUUAUUUUUUAAUGAAUGUGCUGCGUGAUUCUUGUAUCGGUCUCUAUGUGGUAUCAUUGCAAAUAUUAUAGAUACUAUCUACAUUAUAUAUUGGUAUGGAUUUUUUUUUAAGUAGAAUCUUGCCAAGAGGAAUAUUACUUAAAUACAAAUUAUCAAUCAAUCAUAGGUGAUCAAAUAUUGAAAUCCAGUUAAUCUAAAUAAACACCAUAAAUUGCUCAGAGCCGGAUUAUGCCUGUUGUGGAAGCGAAAGAGCGCACUGCAUUCCAGAAAGCAUCGUGUCGCUUUCAGAUCAGAAGAAAACCUUAUUUAAAAGCUGUUAAAACCCACACUAAUUCAAAAACCUUUGCAAUGAAAACAUCGAAACUGAUACAAAUAAAACCAGCCAUUCAUUUUGAUUUUCUCUUCUUUAAAUAAACUUACAAACUAAAACAACAACCUAAUAACAUUAAAUCCAUUGACAAAGCACAAAAAAACUCAGUAGACGCAUUCAACACCAUAGACAAUACUUCCAAUGCCUCCAAAUAUUUAGUUACCGUCUCAAAGACCUUUCGUUUCACCAAUACGUGUCAUGUUCGUAUUUCGAAAAUUGUUAGUCACAGACUGAACGUCUGAUUACUUAUUGAUAUUUCGGGUGAUAAACUGGUAAGGGAAAGUAGAAUUUUGUCAUAUAAUUGACGUUAGAUAGGUAAUAAAAACAAUAAACACAAUGCUAGUACACUCGUCAAUAAGCUAAAGAAGCGUUUAAAAUGGGUACGUUAUAUUAGUGAUAAGUUAAUUAUAAAUGAUUAGCUUCUCAGUGUUUUAGAGUUAGUCGACGAAUGAGUCAACUUGGCGGCGCGGUGUCAGAUAAAUUUGUUACUUAAUGUCAACGUUCCGUUUCGUCUCAGAUUUUUUAUAAAAGGUUGGGAUUGUGCCAAAUAUUUGUUGUAGGAUUAGAUUCGUCUUAUUGUUAUUUGUGUGUUACGUUUUGUCUGACUAAUGCUAAGCAAUCGUUUAUCAACAAGUUUAUCUACAUCGGGUUUAGAGUUGCAAACUCAUAGUCAGCUAUCACAUGGCUGUCAAUAAUUUUAAGGAAUCAACUUACCGAAAUGUUGACGUGUAAAUAUAGCAGAUCAACAUAGAAAUUUAAAUAAUACUUAUAAUUGACAAGUUAUUUUUCUACAUUUCUUUCUCGUUACAAUUAGUGCUAAAUUAGGUAUAGAUGAUGAAUGCUUUAGUGUUAUCGACUCUUGCUUUGUCACUGAGUGUUGAUACAGCAGUAAGGUCUUCACUUUAGUUAGGUUCGUCAUGAUGCGUUUUAUUUCUCUUACAUGUAAAAUUGAUAUGUUUUGGAAGGACGUCAAUAUAUGAUCCGUAACGCUUUAUAAUUAGGUUCAACGAAAUCUAGAAUUUCGAAUAGUCAUUUCUUCUACUACACCUUUUGGAUAUGCUUUGUCGCACGUUCCUUUUGUUUGCUUUUGAUCUUUUAUCUUUAUCUUAACAUAUAAAUACUCUUUACUAUAAUGUACUUGUGUAAGUUAGUGGUAUUCACAUGUUUAAUCGAACGUCUUCCAAAGUGACGUAAGUUAUGUUUUAUUUCCCCUUCUAUCUGUUGCUUUCGACUGGUUUGUGUUAUGAACUUUCUUAAUUAUUUCUUUAACAUUAUCUAACAGUUGACUAUUUAUUGAAUUACCUCUAUCGUUAAUUUAAUUAGUACUUGCAAUGUACUAUUUAUAAGUUACAGUCCGUUUAAACUACUACACAAUGAACUUAUAUGUUUACUAUAGACAAAAACCACAGCGUUUGCCUUAAGCUAAUAUCAAACACUUCAUACUCAGCAUUCUCGUCGAAAAUCAAUUUAGGUAUAUACAUAUUUAUGCCAAGCUCUAUUCAAAAGAUUCUCAAAAUGUUAAAACAUUUAUCAUAAUUGCAAUAAUUUUCAGUCUGCACUUUGCAGUGAACAAACAACUAAAAAGUUUUAGCAAAAAAACUACUUUAAAUAGACCAUUGCAAGUACAUCUUUCAAGCUGCAACUGAGUAUGACUCGAUGGAGUAUUUCAUUAAUUAACCAUAAAACUACGAAAGCGAGGAAAGCAAAUCCUAGACAAAAUUAUACCUGUUAUUAAAUUGAAAGAUAUUGGGACUUUCAGAAAAACUUACAUGUCAGAUGUUAAAUAUCUUUUAGAAUAUGGUCUAAUCACAACGACUUUACAAGGGCGACUAUUCUGAAUGUAUCGGUGGUACUUCCCACGUAUUAAAGAUAUGACGUGAUACCAAAUACAGAAGUAAGGAAUGAUCAAAAUAUUGAUAACGAAGCUAUAAAACAUAUGCAAAAGAAAGAAACAAAUGAAACCAAAUCAAGUCAUACAUAUUUGCAGCCAAAUUAAACAGUUCAAACUGUUUCAUAUUGUUUUCUACUUCCCUAAUUUAUUUAAUACUUAAAUAGUUAGCUCAUAAUAAAAAUAGAUAAUAAUGAAUGUACAUUUAAUAAGUAGAUGAAACCACAUGAAAUUUGCGUUGAGCUUCCAACACGAUUAGAUGUAAAUACAGAAAUAUAAACCACUUUCAGAAUACUCUUCACUACCUUCUUUCUAGAACAAAAGAACAUUAUUCGAACUUAGUUUGUUUGGUGAUGCUGACUAUAAAGUCUGUGGUUAUAAAGGCUGGAAUCAAAAUAAUGAUUAAAAUAAGAAAAAAAGUUUAUGAUUAUUCAGUUUUUUUUUUUACAGACUUCAGCACCAAGGAAUUUAAUCCUCGUGCUGCGGGAUUGUCACAAACUAUGAAAUGAUGUUGAUGCAUCAUAAUUUCAAUUUUUUUCUGUUUUUUUUUUAUGACAGUAAUUAAAAAUCUAACUGUGCCAUUAUGUGGGAGUCGCUUUUAGCUAAAAAUAUAUAAGCUAAAAUAGCGGCUUUAGGGUAUCAUCCCACUGAUGUGGGAAGCAGUCUGUUGUUGUUACACUUGAAUUGAUGUUAUGGAAAAAUGUUUAAAAAAAAAAUAUAAUCUUGUUCAGAAAAAUAUGAAUAAAGGAAUGAUUGAAAAGUCUUAAAGUGUUGGUGUACAUUAAUAAAUAAUAUAGUCAGCAACUUCAAACAAUUUUAAUUAUCUUUGCAAUAAAGUUACAUUAUAUUUUAAGUUCAUUGUGCCUUAUUUUAUUAGUUAUUGAACUUAUAUUAUUAUCGUGGUAAAGAUUGGAAAUAGAACUGCUCCCUAUUCAAGAACAAAAUCUUAUUGAAGUCAACCAAUGACUUGUAGUUAGUAAAUAUCUAAAACUUGUAAUACAUCUUCUUUGCUCCACAGUUUUAACCAAAAUUCUUGGGCAUUACAUGUUUCAUACUGCCUCUGGGCAUGAAAAUAAUAUGUAUCGUCAUUAGCCGAUGAAAAAUCAUCAUUUCUAUGAAAACACAGUGUUGACGAUAUGACAAAUCAUUUACGUGACAUUCUGUAUUCAAACGGCAAUAUAAGAACAAAUGAAAGUUUGAACGAAAACUGAUUGGUAUUCAGACUCGACAGAAACUACUACUGAACGAAAAAACAAACGAACGCGCCAACAUCUAGACCAAACGUGUUACAAUAUCUUCCAAUACAAAGUCUACUUAGUCAAGAAUAUUUGUAACUAUCGAUAUUUGUUCCUUAAUAAAGUAUAGUAAAGGUAAGUGCACAUUGUGAGCAAGGCGCAAUGCGGUGAAAAAGACCCAGCGACGCGUUCCAUGCAUUUUAUAUGAAAUACCAAAAAGUGGUCGCUAUGGUACGCGCGCCAACUGUACGGUCAAAUCAUGUUGAUCGAUGUUCACUUGUUUUGUAAAAUGGAGCAGUGUUUGCGCAUUAAUGUGUACUUACCUUUUAAGCGCUGUGAAAUGUUUUGUUGACUUGAAUGAAAAAAGAAAUUUAAGAAAUAUAAUUUCAAAAUCUUUACCACGUUAACGCUAUUUAAAUUUAAACAGAACUUUUGUAUUAUAAUCAUACUUUUAUGCUUCGAAUAGUAUAUUACCUUAGUUAACUAACCAAAGUUAGUUAAUAUAAUUUUAUCGAUGUCAGUCCUGAACGGACUUUGUAUUUAAGGGAUGUUUGUGAAUACCUUUAAUUUAUAACGAAAGCAAUCGUAUUCAUAUUUACUAUGUAAGUGAAAGAUUUUAUAUUGUCGGGUCAUUGUAAUAAUUUGAUGUCGCAACGACAUUUAGUAUUAAGUGUAUGUUUGAGAAUUUUGUCUUGUAAUGUUAAGUAUAAAUAAUACCCUCUACUUGUAAUUAUUAUAAUGAUAAUUUUCAGUUUGUUAUUGAAUUGUUUUUCACCUUUCUCGCCAUGAGUAACGGUGGUUGGUGUGGGGGAAUUGAAGGCAAUUUUGACAGUUCUUUUUUUUCAAUUCAUUCGUUCAUGGUUUGUUUUGAGGCUGUAACAACAAUUUUCUGUACCAUAGCUCUUUAACUGGUAGUUUCCUCUCAAACGUUAUGCGCCUAUUAAAAAUACAAACAAUUUUGAUGAACUAAUACUCCGGUAAAAAUAGAAAAUAAUACAAGUUAUUUUUCUUGAAAAGUCCAGAAUUCUGGUCUAGAAACAGGUUCCAUUAUUAUAAUGUGCCUUCUGGUUUUUUUUACAAUUCAUACAAAAAACAAAUCCAUGAACGGAAGAAAGCACCCGAGUUAAACAAAAAAAUAAAAUUACAAAAAAACUAUAUGAGUUUGUUUUUACAAGAAAGUCACUGAAAAUAUUUAUACUUAUGAUCAAUUAACUUAUUCUAUAUUAGUAAAAAGCUGUCUACAAUUCCCACAAAGCAAUCGGACCAGUGAAAACGGCAUUACGCAAACGAACACCACUUUAAUAAUACAAAUAUAGUUGAUAGAUAGUAACAUGAGAGGAAUAUCCUAAAUUUAUUUUAAUAUGUAAGGUACUUUAAUAUUAUGACAUACAAUAAUAGACUUUUACGGGAAUAAUGUUCCCGAUAGUCACUUAUAGUGUUAGAGAAAUAGUUGACUAAAGGUACGGUUAAAACUGACGCGGGGAUCGAAUUGGAACCUCUUUCGUCAAACUAGUAACACAACUGGCAAGUAAUGAAAAAAAAUAGAAGCGUGUUUUAAAUAAAGAAUACACCGACACUCAAUUGUUUAUUCAAAUCAAUUAAAUUAAGAAUAGAUUCGACGGUCGAAUGUUUGAAUUUGGAGUCUCGUUGCGCGUCAGUGUGAGCGAACCUUAACCGUUCAGUCACUUGUAUCACGAAUCAUUGCCACUUAAUACUUUUAAGAUUUAUGCACUAUGCUAUAAUAUACAUAUAUAAAUAUAAUAAUAAUAUUCGUAUUGUAUGUUCUAAGUCAUAAUAGCUCAAUAAUUUAUGAAUUCUAUAAUUUGUAAUAAAUAGUUAUUAAGCAAUUAUUAUAAAUAAAAUUUAGGUGAAUGCAAAGGUUAUUGUAAGGCGAAAUAAUAUACAUAAUAAAAAAAUAAAUAAUUUAGCUCUUAAGGUUUAACGUAUAAGUCCCAUUUUGUAAUGAUAAUUAAAAUCAAAAAUCAAGCACUACCAUUACCAUUAUGAAUACACUCAUGACUAUCUUACUGCUAACAUUGAAAUGUAUUAUAAAUAUGAACUAUAAAUAUUAAAUGUUAUGCGUUAAUAAUAA